AUGCGGGAUGAUCCUUAUGAUCCUGUCAAGUUGUUGCUGGCGCACGUCCAUGACCGUGCGGAUCUCCUGAUGCAGGCGAAUGCCACUGUAUUUCAUGUCACCAGGGUGCUAAGCUCCAUUGGAGACUUGUCCGCAUUCUCCAACAUCGCAGACAAGGUGGCGCCAAAUUUGUUCCUGGCAUUUGCAACAAUGCCAUGGAUAUCACAGAUAUCUUAUGUUAGUAUACAUGGUGGAAUGCUUCUCUCCUAUUACAAUGAUGAGAACCAGGCGCGCACGAUGUUUUCGAAUAUUUCAGAUUCUUCCAAUUAUUCUGCUGCACAUAAAUGGUACAGCCAAUCAGUAGAUCGAGAUACUGGGAUGGUGUAUGGAGAUGUGAUUCCUUGCUCUCCACAACAAAUUGGUUCCCAAUGGUUUCAAGAUGCAUUAAAUGGUAAGAGCAGGUAUGCUUCAUGGGGAGUUGGCUGGAACAAAGCUAGGGAUCAGAUGCUCUUUUUCACUGCUCCAGUGGCCAGAUCAGGAGUUAUUUCCAUCGGAAUUGCCAUAAAAGAUCUCGUUGAUAAUAUUUUUCGUGUCAACCUUUGGGGCGGGCACUUGUAUGUAGCUACAGAAGAUGGGCAUGUCAUAGCAGAGACUGGACCACCGCAUACUCGCUAUGUGCUUGGUAAUAAUACAGUUUCAAUCCAUGUAAUGGAUAAGAGUGAUACCUUACCACUUGAAAAGCAUGAUAAUUUUUCAUGCCAGCUUGAUAACCCUGAAGGUACAGGCAGUGAUCCAUCUCAUACUAACUAUUUGAGCAUUUGGGGCAAGAGAUACAAUUUUGGUUGUGCUCAUCUUGAUGUUUCUGGAAUCAGAAUGGUAAUGCAUUGGAUAUUGGUCCUGGAAUUAAAGCUUUUUGAUGCUUUCUUCUUAUGA